GGAACUUGAAACCCCAAAGACCAGAGAAGGAAAUAAUCUCUUCAUUUUCUUUUAUGCUUUAUUAUAGCAGUCUACUUCUCCCAUUCUCUCUUCGAUAUAUGUUUCCGGCGGUUAUUUAGAAAAUUGUGAAGCAAUGGAAAACGUAAACAUGGCGUUGGUUUCAUCUACAAGUCCGAAACUAGUGUUUAGUAACACUGGUUUCAGGAACCCUACCAGAGAAAUCUCCAGGCUCAGAAGAAACUCUUCCUUUGCUAUGCCCUUUACGCUUCAGUCUUCGAGAAUUGGGGCCAGGACCUCUAGAAUUUCCGUCUGUGCGCGUGCUGGUUCUCGUCGAAUUGGUCAAAACGGGAAAGUUGGUGCUGAUGUUUUUGCCAAUUUAUCUUCUUCAAGUGGUCAACAUACUUCUUCAGUCGGCGUUAACCCGAAUUUAGCAGUGCCACCACCAUCGUCGAGCAUUGGGUCGCCUCUGUUUUGGGUUGGAGUGGGCGUUGGUCUCUCAGCGCUAUUUUCAUUUGCCGCAUCAAGAUUGAAGCAAUAUGCAAUGCAACAAGCUAUGAAAACUAUGAUGAACCAGAUGAAUACUCAGAACAACCAAUUUAGCAAUGCUGCCUUUUCUCCGGGAUCACCUUUUCCCUUUCCAACUCCGUCACCGUCAGGGCCUGGUGCACCUUUUUCACCUACCUCUCAACCUUCAGUUACAGAUGUAUCUGCUACAAAAGUAGAAGCAGCUUCAGCCACUGAUGUGAAAAAUGAAACAGAAUUUAAGAGUGAAACGAAAGUGAAGGACGAACCAAAGAAAUAUGCUUUUGUCGAUGUUUCCCCAGACGACACCUUACAAAAAAGUCCUUUCGAAAACUUUGAAGAUUCAGAAACAAGUUCGUCCAAGGAUUCUCAGUUCCAGGAAGUUACACAAAAUGGAGCUGCUUUCAACCAAGGAUUUGGUGAUUCUCAAGGGGCACAAUCUACAGGAAAAAAGAAAGGUGCCUUGUCAGUGGAAACUUUGGAGAAAAUGAUGGAAGAUCCAACAGUGCAGAAGAUGGUUUAUCCAUAUUUGCCUGAAGAGAUGAGGAAUCCUACUACUUUCAAGUGGAUGCUCCAGAAUCCUCAAUAUCGUCAGCAAUUGGAGGAAAUGCUGACCAAUAUGGCUGGAAGUGAAGAAUGGGACAAGAGGAUGAUGGAUACCCUGAAGAACUUUGAUCUCAACAGUCCUGACAUUAAGCAGCAGUUUGAUCAGAUUGGACUUACACCUGAAGAAGUUAUCUCUAAGAUUAUGGCCAAUCCUGAUGUUGCCAUGGCAUUUCAGAACCCAAGAGUUCAGGCGGCCAUAAUGGAUUGUUCACAGAACCCCCUGAGCAUUUCAAAAUAUCAGAAUGACAAGGAGGUUAUGGAUGUUUUCAACAAAAUAUCGGAACUUUUCCCUGGGGUGACUGGUCCACCUUGAUUUUAGUUUGUUGACAGCUGCUGCUUUCUGGGGUUUAUUGUGUUCAUUCUUAUUUCCAGAGCAAUAAGAAUUUAAUCUGAAGUAGAGACUUAGUAGACAUGCAAAAAAAUGUGCAAAUUCUUAGGUAAAUCUUCAUCAGAUGGCGUUUAUGAUGUGAGUUUUGCAAGUUUUGUAAGCUAGCUAUAAGUAUAGUUAGAUGUUAACUUCGGCAUUAUUUGGGUAUAAAUGGAUACAUGUUUUAUAAAAUUUA